CGGCGGCGGCGGCGAGGGGAGGAGCAGAAGGCACCAUGAGUCAGUUCAAUUUUGGUGGCACAGGUAGUGCUGCUGGAGGAGGCUUCAGCUUUGGGACCCCAAAGGCAGCAGCUAGUACAGCCCCCACAGGGUUCUCAUUCACUUCAGCCACUUCGGGAGGAGGAACAGGAGGAAGCUUCAGUUUUGGGACACCUGCUCAAAAUCCUACAAGCAGCCAGUCUACAGGCCUGUUCUCUUUUGCUACUCCAACAACAGCAGCACAGACCUCAGCAGCUGGGUUCAGCUUUGGUACACCCAGCACACCUGCCACAUCUGCAGCAGCUCCUGCUGGAAAUGUCUUCACACUGGGGGGAAAUGCCCCCAAGUUGAACUUGGGUAGCACCAGCACAACACAAGCUCCUGGCAUGACAGGGGGCUUUGGGCUUGGAAACAGCGGUGGGCUGGGCAGCUCUGUCCCGAGCAGUGUGCCUGCCACCCAGCCAGCGGCUCCUUCAGGCUUUAUGUUUGGACCCACCACUGUCACGCAGCCUGCCACCACAGGGGGCUUCAGCUUUGGAACAGCCCAGAUUGGAACUCCCAGCUUUAGCCUCACCUCCGUGGGGAGCUCAACUCAGCAAGCAGCAUCCACUGGGCUGACAUUCGGCAUUGCUCCGGCGGCAGCCAGCACCGCCACAAGCACCACGGCCGCAUCGCAGCCUGCUACGGCGUUCAGCCUUGGGACCCAGCCCACAGGUACUGGCUUUAGCUUGUUGGCUUCAUCUGCUGCUAACUCAGCCCCUACAGGAACACAAAACCAGGGGCCUGCCUUGUCCUUUGGAACUAAACUUGGAGGUACAGCUGCCAGCUCUACUGCACCUGCCACCACAACCACAAAUACCCUCCUUGGCUUGCCUGGGCCUACGCUCUUUGCCUCCAUUGCAAGCUCCUCAGCACCAGCUUCCUCCAGUGCUGGUGGCCUCUCGCUUGGUGUCACCUCGACUGGGACAGCCCCUGCCAGCGCCACGCUGGGGUUUGGCUCCAAAGCCCCUGGAACGACGACAGCAGCCGCUGCGCCUACGACCAGUGUUGCUGCAGCACCCAGUGCGGGAUUCAUGCUGAGCCUGAAGCCCCUGACCACGACUGGCACUGUGGCUGCCACAUCCACGGUGCCAACUAGCACCGUCGCGGCCCCACCGGUGAUGACCUAUGCCCAGCUGGAGAGCCUCAUUAACAAGUGGAGCUUGGAGCUGGAGGACCAGGAGAAGCAUUUCCUGCAGCAGGCCACCCAGGUCAACGCUUGGGACAGGACUCUGAUCGAGAAUGGGGAGAAGAUCACAUCUCUGCAUCGAGAAGUGGAGAAAGUGAAGUUGGAUCAGAAGAGGCUAGACCAAGAACUGGAUUUUAUUUUGUCCCAGCAAAAGGAGCUGGAAGACCUGCUGGUCCCUUUGGAGGAGUCUGUGAAGGAACAGAGCGGCACCAUCUACUUGCAGCAUGCUGAUGAGGAGCGGGAGAAGACGUACAAGCUAGCUGAAAACAUUGAUGCACAGCUGAAGCGCAUGGCCCAAGACCUGAAAGAUAUCAUCGAGCACCUGAAUACAUCUGGUGGCCCUGCUGACACGAGUGACCCUCUUCAGCAGAUCUGCAAAAUUCUGAAUGCACACAUGGACUCCCUCCAGUGGAUUGAUCAGAAUUCAGCUCUGCUGCAGAGGAAGGUCGAGGAAGUGACCAAAGUUUGUGAAAGCCGGCGCAAAGAACAAGAGCGCAGCUUCCGGAUUACUUUUGACUAAGGCUGACCACCUGAAGUUAACCACACCUCAAUUCUAAAAAUAAACAUGUUGAUGUGCAAAUAUAUGGCAA